AGGGGUGGAGCAGAGGCGGCCCCGGGGCUCAUUAGCGAUGCGGUCUCCAGGCUCGGUUUGGUAGUCCCGGACCCGGAGCGGAGCUGGGGCUGCGGGCCGCUUAGCGGGGACGGCGGGCGGCGCCGCAGGAGGCGAUGGGGGCGCGCGCUGCGUCCCGCUGCCCAUCUGAUAUCCCUGUUCCGCUGCUGUAGGGAGCGGCGGUGGGGAAAAAGAGACUCGCCACAGACCACCACCUCCGGGGAAACCUACUGGCGUUGGCUCCCUGCCGUCGUUCCUCGCGGACUUCCAGGGCGUGGAAGAGGAGCGAAUCCUGAGAGGAGCUCGGAGCAUGGGGACAGGGGCUGCAGACGGCAGCCGCGGGGCGCGCCGGUGGCUCCCAUGGCUAGGACUCUUUUUCUGGGCGGCGGGGGCUGCGGCUGCCCGAGGAGCCGAUGGCAGUGAAAUUCUUCCCGACUCUAUCCCAUCUGCCCCUGGAACGCUGCCUCAUUUCAUCGAGGAGCCCGAAGAUGCAUACAUCAUCAAGAGCAACCCGAUUGCACUCAGGUGCAAAGCAAGGCCAGCCAUGCAGAUCUUCUUCAAAUGCAAUGGGGAGUGGGUCCAUCAGAAUGAACAUGUGUCCGAGGAGAGCCUGGAUGAGAGCUCAGGCUUGAAGGUCCGGGAAGUGUUUAUCAAUGUCACCAGGCAGCAAGUGGAGGACUUCCAUGGGCCAGAGGACUACUGGUGCCAGUGUGUAGCGUGGAGCCACCUGGGAACGUCCAAGAGUAGGAAGGCAUCUGUGCGCAUAGCCUAUUUACGGAAAAACUUUGAACAAGAUCCACAAGGCAGGGAGGUUCCUAUUGAAGGCAUGAUCGUGCUGCAUUGUCGCCCGCCAGAGGGAGUUCCAGCAGCAGAGGUGGAAUGGCUGAAAAAUGAGGAGCCCAUCGACUCCGAACAGGAUGAGAACAUUGACACCAGGGCUGACCAUAACUUGAUCAUCAGACAGGCCCGGCUGUCAGACUCAGGGAAUUACACCUGUAUGGCAGCCAACAUCGUGGCCAAGAGGAGGAGCCUCUCAGCAACUGUGGUGGUCUACGUGAAUGGAGGCUGGUCUUCCUGGACAGAGUGGUCAGCCUGCAAUGUUCGCUGUGGUAGAGGAUGGCAGAAACGUUCCCGGACCUGCACCAACCCCGCUCCUCUCAAUGGUGGGGCCUUUUGUGAGGGAAUGUCAGUGCAGAAAAUAACCUGCACUGCUCUUUGUCCUGUGGAUGGCAGCUGGGAAGUGUGGAGUGAAUGGUCAGUCUGCAGCCCAGAGUGUGAACAUCUUCGUAUCCGUGAGUGCACAGCUCCACCCCCAAGAAAUGGGGGCAAGUUCUGUGAAGGUCUCAGCCAGGAAUCUGAAAACUGCACAGAUGGUCUCUGCAUUCUAGAUAAAAAACCUCUUCAUGAAAUAAAACCCCAAAGCAUUGAGAAUGCCAGCGACAUUGCUUUGUACUCCGGCUUGGGUGCAGCCGUGGUAGCUGUUGCGGUCCUGGUCAUUGGUGUCACCCUCUACAGACGGAGCCACAGUGACUACGGAGUGGAUGUCAUUGACUCUUCUGCAUUGACAGGUGGCUUCCAGACCUUCAACUUCAAAACAGUUCGUCAAGGAAAUUCUCUACUACUGAAUCCUGCCAUGCAGCCAGAUCUGACUGUGAGCCGGACAUACAGCGGGCCCAUCUGUCUGCAGGAUCCGCUCGACAAGGAGCUCAUGACAGAGUCCUCACUCUUCAAUCCUUUAUCUGACAUCAAAGUCAAAGUCCAGAGCUCAUUUAUGGUUUCCCUGGGAGUGUCUGAGAGAGCGGAGUACCAUGGCAAGAAUCACUCGGGGACUUUCCCCCAUGGAAACAACCGCGGAUUCAGUACAAUACAUCCCAGAAACAAAACGCCGUACAUCCAAAAUCUGUCAUCACUGCCGACAAGGACAGAGCUGAGGACAACUGGUGUCUUUGGCCAUUUAGGGGGACGCUUAGUAAUGCCAAAUACAGGGGUGAGUCUACUCAUACCACAUGGUGCCAUCCCAGAGGAGAAUUCUUGGGAGAUUUAUAUGUCAAUCAACCAAGGUGAACCGAGCCUGCAGUCAGAUGGAUCUGAGGUUCUCCUGAGUCCUGAAGUCACCUGUGGGCCUCCAGAUAUGCUUGUCACAACUCCCUUUGCGCUGACCAUCCCUCACUGUGCAGACGUCAGUUCAGAGCACUGGAACAUUCACCUGAAGAAGAGGACCCAGCAGGGGAAGUGGGAGGAAGUGAUGUCAGUGGAGGAUGAGUCCACAUCCUGUUACUGCCUCUUGGAUCCCUUUGCCUGUCACGUGCUGCUUGAUAGCUUUGGAACGUAUGCCCUCACAGGAGAGCCAAUCACAGACUGUGCCGUAAAGCAGCUCAAGGUGGCUGUGUUUGGCUGCAUGUCCUGUAACUCCUUGGAUUACAACCUGAGAGUUUACUGUGUGGACAAUACUCCUUGUGCAUUUCAGGAAGUGAUUUCUGACGAACGGCACCAAGGCGGCCAGCUCCUGGAAGAACCAAAGCUGCUGCAUUUCAAAGGGAAUACAUUCAGUCUCCAGGUCUCUGUCCUUGACAUCCCUCCCUUCCUCUGGAGGAUCAAACCGUUCACUGCAUGCCAGGAAGUCCCCUUCUCCCGAGUGUGGAGCAGCAACCGGCAGCCCCUGCACUGUGCCUUCUCCCUGGAGCGCUACACGCCCACCACCACCCAGCUGUCCUGCAAAAUCUGCAUUCGGCAGCUCAAAGGCCAUGAACAGAUCCUCCAAGUGCAGACAUCCAUCCUAGAGAGUGAACGAGAAACCAUCACUUUCUUCGCACAAGAGGACAGUACCUUUCCUGCACAGACUGGCCCAAAAGCCUUCAAAAUUCCCUAUUCCAUCAGACAGAGGAUCUGCGCCACGUUUGAUACCCCAAAUGCCAAAGGCAAGGACUGGCAGAUGUUAGCACAGAAGAACAGCAUCAAUAGGAAUUUAUCAUAUUUCGCUACCCAAAGCAGCCCUUCCGCUGUCAUUUUGAACCUCUGGGAAGCUCGUCAUCAGCAGGAUGGGGACCUCGACUCGCUCGCCUGUGCCCUUGAGGAGAUUGGGAGGACACACACGAAACUAUCCAACAUCACAGAGCCACAGAUUGAUGAUGCUGACUUCAACUACAGCAGGCAAAAUGGACUCUAGUCUGUUUCUUCUCCGGAGGCAGCACUAGUGAUGGCCUGCUUCAGAGCAGUGGCUUCAAGUGGGGAAGACAGGGCAGAUUUCUGCCCCGGGGCAUUUGGGGGGGAACUCAGCCUUUAUUGAGAGUCAGUGAGAAACCCUGGAUGAAGAAAAGGAGUUUGAUAUAGGUAAAAACAUGUUAACGGUGGGGGAAAAAGAGAACCCCGCUAUACCCUCUGAAUCCACACAUGGGUAGACAUUGGAUAUGCUCCUCAAAUUCAGACUGCCGAGGAUUAAAAAGUGAAGGUAUCUGUAGAUACAAGUAGUUUUGAAAACCAGAUACACAACAAUAAAGCCGGGAAGGCAGAGAUUUAAGUGCAUGCUUGGAAACAGGUUUUUAAUGACUUGCCCCACGGGCCAGAUGAUCCUGAGACCAGAUUUUCAGAUUCCAACCGACUGGCAUCCCAGAGGUUGGAAAUCAUAAUAAGACUAGCUUUCAGAAGUGAAAGCAGAUUGCCAACUUAUUAGUAAGAUGUCAUCAAUGUCAGGGAGGGCAUUUAGAAUUUAGAAUCUGAGUACAUGACACCAGCACUUAUUAUAUGAGUCACUUAACAGAGACAAGAUCAAGAAGGGAGAUAGACCUCAAACUAGUUCUUGGUACCUCACCUUCAUCCCCCACCCACCCACUCCCGAGACAAAACUCAUUUCUCUCCUAUCCUAAAAGAUUGCAGUAUGGAGACAGUAAAGAACAUAGUUAUUCAUUUCAAUAUGGAAACAUACUUCCUUUAACUCAACAGAGCAGGACAAACAAUCUCUGUUCCCAGCCAAGCCACUCUAAUGUCAGAGUGCUGUUAUAAUAUGACUUAUUCUAUGGAGUGUUGAUAAGAGAGGCUAUACAAGGUCCAGGAAAAUAUAUAGACUACAGAUGUCCCAGGCUUUGAGUAAGCGCUGAUUUUAGGAGAUGGGUAAUUAACCCAAGUUCUCCAACAUUUUUCACAUAAGAAAUGUGUUUUGCUGUGUUUUUUGAUCCAGAUUCUGGAAAUCUUCUAAACUUUUGUACUAUGCUGUCAUAGUAUGUUUCAAUAGGGCUUUAGGACCUCCUGCCAUCGUCUCUCGGAAACUUACCUGAUAGCCUUUCUGAGUAACACCUGAGUGAGUGAGUGAGUGAGUGAGUGAGUGAGUGAGUGAGUGAGUGAAUAAAUGUCUCCAAGGAAGAGAACCCUACCACACUUUCCUAGGAACCAUACGCAUCAUUCAGAGAGACUUCUGUGCUCUGACUGCCUAGCCACACCAUGUGUACUUUCUCCUUAACAGUAUUAACUCAUAGCUUUCAUUUUAAGUUACAUACACACACACACACACACACACACACACACACACACACACACCAAUAGUAUUUUAGAGAAUUGAAAUCUGUAGAUUAUUCACAAGCUUCAUCUUAUAUUUUACGACACUUUUAUAUUUGAAUACAUCAUUUUGACCAAUAUUCUGAGAGACUGAAGAUGAACAGAUAUACUCUUCUUCUGGAGGAAGUUUUCAGUAACUGCCCACAAGGAGGACAACCCAAGCCAACCACCUACAUUAACUUCCAGGCAGCUACUUAGCUUUUUUUUUUUUUGAGGAUGAUUACGUUUGAAAAAGCAUGAUCAGAAAUAGGACAAAAAAGAAUCCUUGGGAAUGAGGACAUGACAUGCUAUUGUUUUUAUAGGUCCUUUGUGUGAAAACAAAUGCUCGCAACCUCUUCCCAAGUGGAAAUACCUAAAUUCAGGUUGACGUUAUAACCCCUUGGAACAGACAUUGAAGAAUUCUUGAAUGUGUUAGCUAUUUUUAUCUAACGAGCAUGUGAUAUAUCAGGUCCUCCAUAUCACAUAAAAGGCUUUGCCGUGUGCAAAUCAAAAGAACCCGGGUUGCUUUGCUCAGGAAUGAAAGGCUUACUCUAUUGAACAAAUGAAUCAUCUUCGAACUGACAGACUUAGUCAGAAUGCCAUAUCUGGAUCAGGAGAACACCAUUUUCCCUUAGACUCAAGUUAUUUAUUCAUCCUUGUGAAGAAGAAAGAGAAAAGGCAUAUAGAACUUCUUGGCAUCACUGAUAGAGUUUCUGGGAGAAGAGAUGUAAAUGGUUGAUGAGCUACAAACCAGAUGACGAUGAACAGUAGGGUCGGGUGCGGGCAGAAUCGGCAUCACUUGUUAGGUAACAAACUAUUUGCAACACACUCUAGAGAGAUCCUAUAUUAACAUCUAUGUGGAAGAUUUUUGUUUUACAUUUCCUACCCUAUCCACUUCUCUUCUUUCCCUUCCAAUUGGCCUUAUAAUUGUUUAUAUGUUUUGUGAACCUACACACGUUCUUUGUAGAUUUUUAACAGCUUUUUUAUAAUAUUAUAAACAGAUAAAAAAUUGUAACUGUCCUGGCAUCUGUGUAGGUUAUUUUAAGGUGAGGUAGCAGGAACAGCAUGAAGGUUGGUCCCAUGUGUCUGCAGUUGCCCCCAUUAGAUUCAGGUUUUGUGUUCUGUUUGUUUGAUUUUUUUUUUUUUGGCCUGUGUUUAUAAGUGCACUUGAUCAUAAUAUCACAUGAGGUAAUAAGGGAGGCGUCAACAGGAGUCACCUCACAUCCCAGACCAUGGUUCAGUGAGGUUCCCCUUGACUUUUUAUGUUUCCUUCUUUAUAUCUAUCUUAUUUCUGCUAGGAUGCUACACAGGAUUUUAAAAUAAAUAUGUCACAUUCUGUGGUCUUUGAAUGCCAGGGUUGUGGUAUAAUAUUUUACAGUGAAAUUUCAAAGAGAAUCCUGGUCUGUGAGAUUUACAGACCAAGGGAUUGUGUGUGUCCAGGGAGGGUCUGCAGGUCUCAAGGCUUAGCUCACACUUGAACAUGCAAUGACUCACUGUGACCCCAAGCUUUUGCAUGACUUUCACCUGUCACAGCUCAAAUGCCCAUCCUGGAAGAGGUUUCCACAUUACUCUGGGCGCUAAAUUCGGAAGUGUCACUGUCCUAGUGCAAGAUAAAACAAAAAUUAAAAGUGUCCUUAAAUACUUAAAAACAUAAAUUUUUUACAAAAACAAUCCUACUCAAUGCCAAAUUUCUCAGUGCUUGGAGACAUUAAAUCUAUACUUUAAAUAUGAGUUUAAAUUUUGCCACAAAAAUGGUGAGAUCCACAGGUUUGCUAGACUACAGCAGCAUUACGUUAAUUUACAGUCUCUACCACUCCACAUACACAGUCUGAGUAGUUUACAUUUGCAUUCUUUAAUCCAAAAGGAAACUUGUUCUGUGGUUUUAAAUGCUACCUUCAUUCACCAGUGCGGGUAGACUCAUAAAACUCAGAUGUACUUCCACAAAAUUUUAUUGGCCUUUUUGUAAGGGAUGAAGGGAAUUGAGAUAGUUUCCUUUAAAGAGAGGAACUUUUCUCUUAUUUUUAUCUCCAACUGCUGUGGUCCUGGUAUUUUUUUUUCUUCUUCCUCUUCAUUCAUUUGGCUAUGAGAAGGACUAUUAAGUCCAAUCACACAGGGUUCUCUUUGGAGUAAAAUAUUUAUUACAGUGAUUUUGUUUCCUGGACAAAACAAACAAACAAACAAACAAAAAACAAACAAACAAAAAAACCCUCUAAAUAUCAAACAUGAAAAGCAAAGCUAGAAAAUUAAAAUGGCGUGAAUGGUUUUAUACAUUUUGACCGAAUUUACCUGUGACUUUCAGAAUGUUAACAACAUCUUUGGAUAUGUUUCUGUUUUAGAUUUUUCCUUUCAGAUAUUUUCAGUUUCUUGGUCUGCCUGGCCUCUGUAAAUGUGUUGAAUGAUAGAGCUAUCAGGCAUGCUAAGGCAACACUCUCUGAGGUCUUUAUUCCAGCAGAAAUGAGGAAGGAGCUGAAAAACGUGCCUCUCUGGCCUACUGCGCGGCCCAUUUUCAUUCUAUUGCUCAUGAAGCAUUGCAGAACCUGAACACUUAGUAACUCCCAAAGCCUGGACUACAGGUGACAGUCACAGCACCUGCAAGAACAAAAGCGUGGGCUUACCGAUGGUGACCACAUUUUAUUAGCCCUUUGGUGUUCAUUGUCAUAGAGCUGUAUUUGAACAUUGAUGCUUUGGGCCAAGACUUGAAUGGCCACCGUUUCAAUAGUUGCCACUGUUUUUGUCCGCAUAGAGUUUUUCUGAACUACAACAAGCAAAACUGUAUUUUGUCAAAUGUCACAAAAGUGAAACUGUUACUAAUCUUAGAUGUGUUGCAUAUUUUGUGUUUCUUUUCCAAACUCUUUCACUAGCUGCGGUGACAAAGCUGUUUGGCUGUAUUGACAGCAUGUGGUGUCUUUUCCAGAAGCAACUCUAGGAGAGCCAGUGUCUACUGUGGACUCCUCACAUCCCCAUUACAGGGUCACCAACAAAACUGAAAUGGCAAUUUAUAUGCUGUAAUUUUUUUUCCCUGAGAAUCAAAGGGGAUGGCGCCAGGCCUGGCUAUUAGUCACUAGUGUGUAGUACUGUGAUCAGAAGUAGGAAGUUUAUCUUGCAUAGAAUAAUUGUGGUUUUUGAGGCAGCUCCUCAUUGCUUUUUUUUUUUCCUUUUGCUGUGAAGAUCAUGGAUUUGGGGUGUCCUCACGAAGUGGGCCUAAGACAGUAACGUUGCAACUUCAUGUCUUCGAACCUACCAUGUAUCUGAACCAUGUAUCUGAACCCAAAGAUUAAAAAAAAAAAAAGGCAGGAAGCAUCCUCGACAGGCCUAAGCUCCCUGCCCCUUAUCAGUAUUAACUUCAGCAGGAGUUAUAUCUUUUUUCCACAAAGUUCCACCAUUUGAUUCUAUUAUAUAUCAGAGAACCUGCUAAUGACUUUCUUUUUGGGAAUAGAAAUAUGUGUCAAAUACUUUCACUAAAGGCAUGGGUAUAAUGAAUAUGCCCCUUUGUUUCAAAUUUAUCUGACUCAUUAAAAAAAAAAAAGAAGAAGAAAGAAAAGAAAAGAAAUGAUUCAGACCGAAAUUCCAGAAUUGGGAAAGUUGUACAAUAACCUUAAAAUUGGAUACAUUUCUAGUCAGUAAUGAACCAACUAGAGUUCUGAUGAAUGCAUGAUAUUUAAAGGGAAUAAGCCAAAUGUCAUGCCACAAGACCCUUUCCCAAAACACAAGCAUUCUGCUCAAAUGUGGAGACAGCAAUUCUAAUGUUCCUUUGUUGCCAAGCAUGGGGAGUGGAAAGAUGGAGAAUAACCAGGACACACCCACCAGGGCUUCCUGGGAGAAAAGCUGAGAACAGAAGCCCCCAACAAGGGCCUCUCCUAGAUGCUUCCUGCUCCCAUAGAAAACUUCUCGAUAACAGGGAAAUACCCAAGUGUCAAAAUUCCACUAUCAGGGAAACGGCUGUCUCCUUCUCUACACCACAUGAAGAACAGAAUUUCUGUUCUUCGUAACCAGGUCUGAUUGGUACAGACACUCCAAUAAAUCAUGACCUAGAAGUAUUGUCAGCAUGGACAGGUAGAGAAGUGCUGACUCAUUUUCCUAAGCCCAAACUUGGAAAUAUGGGUGAUAUAUUUCCCUCCUCCUAUAAAGGAGAGUUUCAAACCUAUUUCAUUUUGUUCUGUUUAUUUUGGGAAGGUACAUGGGGGUGUUCUUUCAAAUGAUUCAUUUAGUUUUUUCAAACCCAUACCACUCUCAAUGUUCAUUUGAUGUGUUCAAAGCCAAAAAAAAUAUGAAAUAACAUUUUAAGCAGAGCUGAACACUAACUCGGACAUGAAGCUGAAGGAGUGAGCAAGCCACAGGAGAGGGUCUAAGCGAAGCAUGGCCUUGGCUUCAUACCACACUUUUUGUGCCUUGUAUUAUCAGUGUAAAUUCUGAAUGUUGUACAGUAAAUACUUGGAUGGACUCCUUAGCAAGGAUGCACCGGCUUCUUUUUUCAGCACAUGUACAUAUCUAUAAAUAUAUAUACAUAUAUAUUUGGUAAUGCCAAACAGCUAUGUUAUAUUGUACUGAACAAAAUGGCCCGUUUGGAUGUUUUAUGUAGAGUUUGCAAAAAAACCAAAAUGGAUGGUUAUUGACUUUUCGAGAUAAAUGUACAGGCAUAAAUUACUGCUUACCAGUUAUUUAUGAAUAAAGAGUCUUUUCUUGACA